CGAAAUAUCUUCUUUUGUGUUCUGCAGAAGAAAGUCGUACAGCUUUGAAAUGACAAGAGGGCAUGUAAAUAACGACAGAAUUCUCAUUAUCACUUUAAUGUGACUACAAACGUGAUUUUUUUUCCCUUUCAAAGAAAUACAAUUCAAACUUUUCAUUUUUGAGUGAACUAUUCCUUUAAGAUGAACAGGGCUUAAAUCACAACAGCAUUGUCUGUAAAGAUUACCCUUUUACAUCGCCAGCACACAUGUUUCUAACAAAUGCUGUGCAGUGUGGUUAGACUCCAACCAUAAGCUUCCGAGUUGGAAAAAAACGAGUUCGAGUAAGUGUAUGAAUGGAAAGUAAAGGAAAGCACUGGGGCACUGGCCAUCGCUGAGUGAGGAAUGUUGCAGUAGCUGGGUACAACUCCUCAGGUUAUCUCCACAGACGCCAUGCAGUGUCCUGUGUAAACUGCCAUACGGAUCGUCUCGACAAAUCUUCCGCUCCAGACACUGCUAACUAAAACUGGCUGUGGAAGAAGAAAGGCAGGCAGACGAAUGGAUAUCAGGUCAAUUCUUCUGGUACUUUCUGUGUUUGGGCCAGCUUGGGCCUCCACAGUGGAUUUGGAUGACUAUGGAGGUGUGCCUCUCUGGAUAAAUCGUUUUUUGGGAGAGCCAAGUGUGUUGACGUUAAAAGAUCGGAUGGAACCAGGAUGGUUUCGAGCAGUAAAUUCCCAAAGCUGUCCCCUGGAUUGCGACUGCCCGAUUCAGUGGCCAACCGCACUUUAUUGUGAGCACAGGGGCUUUGAUCAGCUCCCCACCGGUCUUCCAGCCCGUACACAGUACCUUUUCCUCCACGGGAAUAACAUCACUUCCUUCGGCUCCGGAGAGUUUGCCAAUGCCACCAAACUGCGUUGGCUGAUCUUGGAUCGCAACCAGCUUCUGAGUGAGCAACUCGAUAACGCAUUGUUCUCCAAUCUGACCAACUUGGUAAAUCUCUUCAUAAACAAAAAUAGCUUAACAGAGGUGCCGGCUGGACUUCCCAGCAGUCUUAAGCAGCUACGUCUUGCAUAUAACCACAUUGAAAAGAUUUCCUCGGGCGUUUUCCAAAAUCUGGGAAGCCUAGCCGUACUUCUUUUACAAGGCAAUCGUCUGAAGACCAUUGAGGAGGGUGACUUUAAAGGUCUUGGAGCCCUCAACUUACUGGAUCUCAGUCACAACUUCCUGGAAACUUUUCCUAAAAACCUGCCCCCAUCUGUCCAGCAGCUUUACCUGUCAAACAACUCGCUGACCGGCCUGACCGAUGACAGCCUUCAGGGUUUCAACAGACUCCAAUACCUACGGCUCGGACACAACAAGCUGAAGAACGAAGGUUUGGAACCUGACGCCUUCAACCUCACAUCUCUGGUAGAGCUGGAUCUUUCCUAUAACCAGCUGACCAAAAUCCCUACAGUUCCCAUAACCCUUCUGUACCUUUACCUGGAGGUCAACCACAUCCAAGAGUUCAACGUGAGCAGCUUCUGCAGGAUACUGGGACCCACGUCAUAUUCACGUAUGAAGAUACUGAGGCUGGAUGGUAAUAUGCUGGAGUAUCACAAGCUGCCGUCUGAUUGGGUGUUCUGUCUACGAGUCAUCCAUAACAUUUAUGUUUGAUCUAAUAAUAUAGGAUAUGGUUUAAUAAACUUAACCUUUUAAUCCAGUUUCAAAAUCUUUACAAUGCAAUAACAAUUUGGAUGAUGGAAUUAUUUUCCUAUUAAUCAACAGCUUUGUGUCUGUUUGAACACACAAUUGAAAUGUGUAAAACUAGGUACACUGUUCAAAAAUAAUAAUAAUUUGACAGAAUUUUAGUGUUUUAUUUGACAAAAUUUGACGUAUUUUUGAAAUGCAGUAAAAAAUGUCCAAUUACAGAAAUAGAAUGCAAAUUUACAAGUCAGGUGUAAAAUAACAUGUAGUUUUACUUUACGAAAAAUGUUAUUUAAUGUUUUUCUGGCACCCAAGCUGCCAGAAUAUGACUGUUUCUUAUGGGUAUUUUUUACAGUGUAGAAUCAUUUAAGGAGGUUAUAACAUCUGGCUUUUUAUCAUGGCCUAGAAAUCAUAAAGUUUUGAGUAACAAUAUAAAGCUUUUUGUACUGAAAGACGAUGCUUGAAUGUUCUUUUUGGUACACUGUAGUAAUCUGAAUACUGCCAAUAAAUGCUGCUGUCAA